AUUACUUGGAACCGAAGGCUGUAGUAGGCUGGCUUCAAACUGCCCCGCGUUGCUAGAGCGAAUCGAACAUGGCACAGCUUGGGCGAGGAUCCAAUUGCCUUCAUCUCAUGGCAUUAAUGACGCUAGCAUUCGCACAGAUGACAGCGGGCAACAUCAUCAAAGUGGACCCCAACACGCAAGCAUGGAAGGUAGACAGAUCAGGGCACCCCAAACCCUCCAGCAGGCGAAACCCGCCCUCGCAGCGGUCACCUACUGCUGGCGGCCGGCGUGGUCUGCACCCGCCUCCGCCGCGUGCAGCAUCCCCAAGCCCGACCAGCAGCCCACCUAGCACCAGCAACGACCGCGACAUUCCGUCGCUGCUGACCAGCCCGCCGCCGCCGCCCGCGCUGCCUCCGACGCUCAAGGUGGUCUUCUCACUGGACUGGAACUUCACCGGGGACGUGGACAUUGUGGUGUCUCCGCCACCCCCGGCGAGCACGACCAUCAGCUUCGUACAGAAGGGCUGUGCGGCCUGUCCGGAGGCGGGGUAUGGCCGGCUCACCACGCCCAAGACAAACGCCCGGAGUGGGCCGGAGACCGUGGAGUUUGAGACCCCGCUGCUGGGCACCUACCAUGUGUGUGCGCUGUACAUGGCGGCGGCCAGCAUCACCGGCCACGUGUCCAUUCCCACACACGGCGUCAGCCUGGCCUUCACCGGCACCACCACCGGCCGCGCGCUCAACUACCGCGCCUGCGACGCCGCACAAGCAGGCUACAUCUUCUCGUAUGAUCUCAAGUGAUGACAACAAGCAGAGAGAGAGAGAUUUGCUUUAUGAAAGCACACGCACAGAGCACGCCUGUUGAUGGCAACCCGGGGGGGGGGGAGGCAACGAGUCAUGACCUUGACACCAAUGGUGAACUGGUAAAGUGUGACGGAGUGCGUCUUGACGUGCGGAGACUGGUUGAGGUGCAACCUCUCGGAAUACGGGUAGAGGCGCGGCGCAUAUUUUGGUUACGACGUUUGGGGACUCCAUUUCUGGUACCUUUCAUAAUCAGGAAACUUGGCACACGGUGUAUAUGCACCAGACUCAGGAGUAAUCCCAGCGCCGCUCCAUGUCGCCGCGAGCCUUCCUUGGCCAAGCGGGGGCACGAUGGUGCGGGCCUUGCCGGGAGACAGCUCAGACAGCUAGCGGCCUGAUUGUCACGGCCAUUGAACGACGUAGGGAAGGCAUGACGUGAUGGCGGGCACCAGGAUCCUCUCACGGGCUUCUCCAAGCGCCUCAAUGCGCAGCAGGUGUGUCUAACAGUGUGAGCGGUGUGGAGUCGGCAACGAGACUGGGGUCGGCUGAAGAUUGUCCUGGCAUUAUUUGUUGAGGGCAGGGGCACCUCGGCUGGUUGUUACACGCCCGGGCCAGGGGGGGGGGUAGUUUCGACUGGGAAAGGCCCCAUGUUCUAAAACGAAAGAGCUUGACGAGAGGACUCCAAAUCCACUUUCAGAGUUUCAAUCAGGGUAGUAAUUGCAAAGUUAUGGGCCCUCAAACUUCAGGGUCGGUCGUCGGGGUUGGGGGUCCCCAAGGUUUCGUCACGCGGAUGUGGGUGGGACUGCCAGAUUUCGUCUCUGCGCCCUAAACGCCCCUCUAAACGCUCCCAUUAGCACAAGUACUAGCACACAUUAGCAUACACAUACUAAAGCAUUUGCAGAACGUUUGGCCUCUGGAAAGCGGCCGCAUGUCCGUCCACAUCGGCAUUGUAGUAGCGUAGAGCCCCACUCGAGCGUCUCUCACUGGUGUCAUGGAGACUAUGCGAUCUGAUGCUAACGUGUAACGGCCAAGGCUU